AUGGGGAACGGGCCUAUUCCAACCAUCAACGGAAUCGAUUACUACCAAGAUCCUCCUGAGCUACCCAAAGUGCCACAGAUUCGACAAGGCAAGCUCGUCUAUAAUCUGGCCAUCAAGCCCGCACCGUCACCGACCAAGCCAAUCGACUUCAAAAAAGCGAACACACUGUUCAAAACACAAGCGAUUGUCCGAGAGGCAAGGGCAAAUCAAACUUCAGAAAGCUCCACGAAAACGCCCCCGAAGGUUCAAUUUACGGUUAAAUCAGGCAACCAAAGCUUCAAACUUACGCAAAAACAGAAGGAAAAGAGAGACAAGCCUGGAGUAUUUGUGCCUCUCGAUACGACCAGUAUUCCAAUCGCAUCAACAACAAAAGUUGAUUCUGCGUCAGUCUAUGUUCCGACGAAUGUUGUGAACUACGAAGAAGUUGUCACGACGCCAGCGAUAUUAAAGACGCUUCCUGUCAUCAAAUCAAAAAAUGAUAAACCUUCGGAGCAACCUGUGGAAGUUCUUCCUAGCAACGUCCUCAGCAGCGAUUACGUCGAGGAAAUUGGAAUGACUUACGAUGAACCAGCAGAGCCAAAAACAAAGAAUAUCAAGCUCAAGAAUCUCAGAGCGAACGGGAAAGUUGACGAAAGACCGUGUCCAAAAUGCGGGAAAACGUUUCCUUGGGCGUCAUCUCUUAGACGACACUUGCUUACUCAUACUGGCAUGAAGCCGUACAUGUGUUCUCUUUGCAGAUCGCGAUUUACUACGAAAUCAAAUCUCGAACGACAUGUCCUGCGCCGCCACGGAAUAUUCGACAGGGAAAGCCAAGCUGCCUGUGUGAUCAAACUGAGCAAGGAAGAGAUGCAAGCGAUGGCUGCUGAAGAAGAGCAAAAUGAAGAAGCAGAUGAAAAAGAAGAAAGCAUGGAAGGAACGGAAGCGGAAAACACGGUCGAGCUGAUGGAACACGACGGUAUGAUCGGUGACGGACUCGGGCAAACAGUUCUCGUGCCAGUGACUGAAGAAGAGAUCGCUGGUGGAACCUUUCUUGUUCAGCACGUCCCUGACCAGCCUGUAGAAAAUUGA